AAUUAACAAUGGCAGCUCCCAGAAAAUGUUUGCUUGGUGGAAUCGUCAAAAUAUUCUAUAGCUUGUGUUGCAGCUUUCGACACUUAAAAUGAAAAACUAGACUUCACAGAUUUAAUAUUUAAAACAUUGCCAUGAUUUUGUACAUCUAGUGCAUAGAAAGGAUGGCAAGUGAAGACUUAAUGCAUAAAGAAGUGCGUCAAAGGCGACACUAUGCUCUGUUAAGUGAACUGCAGAAAAUGUCCAGAGAACUUCCUGGAAAACUCCAACAGCGGAUGUCAUAUGACUUGCUGUCGAGUUUAUCAAAUGCCUUGAUAGACACGACUGUGUUUGCCAUAGUUCGCAGUCUGGAAGAGGUACAACAUCUGGAGGAGAAGAGUCUUUUCCAUCAGAGAUUGAAACUUGUCAGUGAACACAAAGCCCAAAGACAUGAAAUGCAGAAGAAACAUAAGGAAGCUAUACAAGACUGUGAAGCAAAGCCUCACAAUUUGUCCAUUGUACAAGCUCAGAAUGACAGGGAGUGGGAGACGAUGGAGAGGCGUUGUGAGGAUGAGGUGCGGAAGAAGGACAUGAAGGUAAUCCUCGACCUGGACCAGAAGGUGAUGGACCAGCAGGUGAUGCUGGAAAGGGCUGGCGUCCCCGGCUUCUUCGUCACCAACAACAAACAGGACAUACGUCUGCAGAUGUACCUGCUCGAGUUCAUGGCCAGGCUCAGCAGAAUGGACCUUCCAGGCAGCUGAUAGUCACUGAAGAAGCAUUUAUAUCAUAUACAGUAUUGAUUGUUUGCCUUGUGUCAUCAUGUAGUCACAGAAGAAACAUAAAUUAUACCAUAUACAAUAUUAAUUGUUUGCCUUGCAUCAUCAUGUAGUCACAGAAGAAACAUCCAUGCCAUAGACAGUAUUAAUUGUUUGCCUUGCGUUAAUGUGUUGAAGUACUAACACAGACCCUCAUGUGCGUGUACAGGAAUUUCAGUAGUGAGAUGAAGUCAAGACUGGCGAGCAGGAAUUUCAGCGGCGGGGAGGAGGUCAAGAUUGGCGAACAGGAAUUUCAGUGGGGGGAGAAGGUCAAGACUGGCGAGCUAAGUUUAUAGAGGGAAUCAAAUCAUGCUCCUUCAGAUAAUACAAUGUAUAUUAAGAAAACAGAAUUUGGCUCGAGUGAGAAUGGUUGACCCCUGACCCCCUCCCCUCCCCGCACACAUGCCUGGGCCCUGUGACUAGUUUUAGAGUCUGGACAUGGUAUUAAACUUAGAAUUUAUAUAGAAUUAUUUGUUUUUAAAAAUGUUAUAAGCAAUAGUUAAAACUUGAUUAAGAACUUCUGUUUAAUCUUUUAAAAUCUCUCAAACUUUCAUAGCUAAUCAUGUUGUGACACUGAACAAAAUGUUUAAUGGUAUGGAUUCCAUGUUUAAUUCUUUGGGAUUCCAUCUUUGAUCACAAUAUUAAAUUUAAGAUGUUAAGUGGCAAUUCUUGCUUUGAAACAUCAUAGUAGAAUCACAUUCCUCUGAGAUCGGCCGCUUUACAGCUGUUCAAACAGACAUUGUUUGUAACAGAAAUAGGCAACAUGUUGUUCAAGUUGUCCCAGGUUGGGAUUUCCAUACCAUAUAAUCCCAUACAGAUUCUACGUGCAUUGUUUUGAGUUCAGACUCUUUUAAUUUUUACACGCAUGUGUUCAUUAACAUAUUUACUAUAAAGGUAUGUUACUGGAUUUUGUUCCAUUGUCAUAUACAUGUAUGGACUUUAAAAUGGACAGUCUACAGGUACCUCAGAUAUCCAGUAUUACAUGUUGAUGUAGCAGUUCAAGUAUACCUGUACACCUUGGCACCUCUAGUUCACACAAAACCACAGAAAGACCCAUUUUGUGGGAAGAAAAUAGUAACAAGAAUUAUUUUUGCAAUGGACAUUACUGUACUUUGAACAGGCUCAAAUAUACAGUAUUUAUUCAUUGAUUGAUAGAAAUAAAACAAAACGAUUCUUAUGUAAUAAAUAUUUGUACAUCUAAUUGAUAUUGAAAUAAUAUUAUUUGCAAAAAUGUCAGUAGUCUAUUUAAUAUAUUCAGCCGUCACAUAUUUUUACUGUACAUUAUGUUACUUUUCAUAUACAUCUUUCAAUUUAUUAGUUUGUUGAGGCUAUGAGAAGAAUUAAAUCAAGUGUUGUGGAUCUAAGUCAUCAUUGUUUUGUAAUACUGUUGUAAUAUAUAAAUGAUGUAUGUGCAUGAA